AGGCCAGCCUGGGCUAAAGGAGAAAGGCAUUAGCAUGAAGAGUCCUUCAACUGUGACAGUUGAUCAGAUAUUAACAAAUGUCUUUUUGGUUUAGGUUUGUUUUGUUUCUGUGAAGCCAAAGUAGCCAUUGACGUUCAUAAGAAAUCUGUUAGUCACAAUCAAUUCUUCACUAGCGUGUGACUCAGAUAUGUAUAAUCCUACAUGGUGUGACUGAGAGAACCAGAGAAACCUCACCUGGCUGUGAAGAUACCUAACCCCUUGUCUGCUGGGGGCUCGCUCACCGGAUGGGCAGGAUGGGCAGGUGUACGUGCAGGAAGCCAGCACUGUAAUUCUAAUUUGCCUAAACCCAUUUGUUUUAGUGGCCAGCUUUGCAUUUUCUCUAAUGCAGGUUUAAGGAGACAGCAUAAGUAGUGACUAAGAGCCCAAUUGUGUUUUCUUUUCAUUUUGAAAUCAGAAUGUAGGGUAAACUAAUAUGCAGUAACACAAAAUACUUCUAAUUCUGCCUUUCUUGUUUAAUGUGCAAUUUCAAAGCAAGCUUGUGGUCGGCUUCUUUCUGUUUAUUCAGCUGAGGUACAGCCUGUGCUGUUUGCUAAUGGAAUGGAGUAGACAAGCUUCCAAAGCCUUCCCUGUAUAGAAUACUGCUAUCUGAGACCCACUAACUAGGAGACCUUUACAUAUAGUGCUUAAUGAUACCAGCUCUUCACAGAUGGCGUUCUCAGCCUGUGAAACUUACUUCCCAAGAUCCCUGAGGGUGCUCAGACCGCCUCUUCAGUGGCAUGGCCGAGUACUAUUACUCUUAUUUCUAGUCAUGUGUGGAGAUAGAGUCCAUACUCUGUCUCAGUGCCCUAGCUCUUUUUUCUUCCUUUGCUAGAAGCUCCUAUUACAAAGGCUACGUUUUUCUUAAAAAGUAGCCAGAGCAUUUAAAACACUUGAAUCAUUCUAUUAGCCAAAAAUAAAAAGAUUAUUUUGGGGAGAGUUAUUGUGUUCCCAAGUUUUAUAUUGUUGAAAGCUAAAACAUAAGACUUAACACUAAGAUCUGGGGCACUAGAGAGUGAUGACUCAGCACUAAGUACUGGCUGUGCUCACAGAGGCCUCUCGUCUUGGCUUCCAGCAAGGCGGCUGUGCACAGCCACCUGUAUUUCCAGUUCCAUGGAGAAUUUGGUGCCCUCUUCUGACCUUCACGGCACUAAUGACAUGUGGUAUUCAUGCAUCCAUUCAGGCAAAAUGCUCACAUACAAAAAUAAAGGCUGCAUAGGUGGUUGUUAAUUAACAGCACACACUACACCUUUAUAGGACGUGAGUUCAGUUCCCAGCACCGACAUGAGGCAGGGAACUCCAGUCCAGGAGAUACAGUUGCUGCACACACACACACAUAAAUAUGUAAAUAAAAAUAUAUCUUUCAAAAAUAAUAAAUCUUUAAAACUUAAAAAAUAAAACAUUUUGAGCUUUUUUUAAAAUGUAAGAAAUUAAAAUAGUUCUUGAAAUGGGGGUGGUUGGAGACAAGAAUGCUCGCUGGAGUAACCCACAUGGCAGCUCACAACUGCCCAUAACUCCAGCUCCAGGGGAUCCCACAUUUUCUGGCCUCUUUGGGCCCCUACGCUUAUAUACAUAUACACAAUUUAAAAUAAAUCCUAAAAAAACAAAGUGUAAGAAAUGAGCCAGGCACAUCAGUACACACUUACAAUCCAAACCACGCAGGAGGCUGAGACAGGAGGACUGUUUGAGCCCAUGAGGUUGAGACCACCCAUCAUGUUGAGACCCAACUCACCAAAACAAAAAUACAAAAGACCGUAGGAAAUGCCAGAGAAACAUAACUAGUAAUUGAAUUGGCUUCCCAGUUCUUUGGGAUUUGGCAAGAUUAGUGGAAGCGUGGAGGGCUCAGCCACUGGAAGGAAUUGGAAAUGGGACGAGAACUAAUAAAACUUUAAACUGGAAUUUGAUACCAGGAUGCUCUCUUGGCUCCCAUAGCUCCAGCUAAUAGAUGUUGUCGUCUCCUCAGUUCCAGGCCCACGCCUCUGACUUGACCAUCCCAUUUUUAAACUCGAGCUCCUCAGCCAGUUCUCACAUGUUCAGAGAGGUGCUAGGUGGUGCCUUUCCCCGUGUGUCUCAUUCUAAGCCCGAGUCUCCCUUUGCCGUCCAUCUCCAUUAGCAAUUACUGCUUCCCGUUGCUUGAGUACCAUGGCCCGCUGCCGUGUCCUUGCUCAUCCCUCCCUCUCCUGCUCCAUUCCCCAGCCCCAUGAUCCCGUCUGUGGGCACUGUAGGUCAUUCCUAUGGGUGUGUGUGCCUCUUACUUCAGAAGUGUCCCGUCACUGAAGCAGACAAUUUGUUUUUGUCCUAUCUCUCAGUCUUGCUCGCAGGCUCAGUUGAGGCUUUGGACGCAGAUAGUAGUGAAUGGACAUCUCCAUGUCAUUGUCCUGCUGUCCCCACUGUAUUGCCUCCUCCUCUCCCCUGUGCUUGAGUCUAACCAUCUUUAGAUAUAAUUUUCUUCUGCUGCUAAUCCUUGACAGCUUUACAGUAUUUUGGAUUUGGGGUAUGGUCUCAAGAUUCCUGGCGGGUUGUGAGCAGCUCUCCUGCAGGAGCCUCAUUUUAUAGACGCUACUCUGUUUCUCCAGUAGCAUGAAGCAGCGUCUAUUAAAUGCUGGGUAUAGUCAUGCACUGGAAGCAGAGGCAUAGUAUCUUAGAUUAGUGUUGUUGUGAGCAGAGUGUGUGAGUCAUUAAAGUGGUUUGUACUUUCCUGUUAUUUAGUAAGUACAUUCUCUUGGCCUUGCCAAAUUUCAAUCUGAAAACUUCCUCUCACCGUGGUUCUAUCUAAGCAGCACACACCCCUUAAUGUUAAUUCUGCGUUCUUGCUUCUGGACGCCUGCAGACUCUUCCUGUAUUGUCUUUAUUGGCUGUGCUGUUGACGUUUGUCACUUUACCUGGGGACUCAUAGGUUUUGAGAGCCUCAUCUUCCUUGAUUGCUCAUGAAUUUUUCGAGGGACUUGCACAGAGGCUCUCUAGCGUAGUGCUCUGGUGCGUGCUUCCGUGUUUUAUCACAUUCAAUAGCCGUUCAUCACAUGGGGGAGACACUAGUCCAUCGUCUGCUGUCGCUCUCCUUAUGACAGCGUUCUAACACCGUUGCACUUGCUUCAAGGGAUGAUCUAAUUGUAGCUGGCUCCAUGGACUCUCGCUUCCUUGGGGUGCUCUUUGAGCCAGGAAGGCGGUGCGAGCUGUUUCCUGCCUGUCUGUACUUACACUGCUCUUCACUGUGCAGGAACUGGACAGUACCAGGGCCUGUGGUAUUGUGUGGAUAUAGAAAACACUGUUUAAUCAAGGAAUGUUAUUGAGACUGAAAUGAUCAAGGCUUACCACGAAUUGUGAAGACAUUGCUUCCAAGGCUCCCUGUAAGCCUCACUCGGGAUCCUUCCUGUCUCUGCUCUCCUCAGACCCCAUUCUCUGCAUCCGCAUGGGUCUUACAUGUAGACAUGCCACCUUCGCUUAUGCCAGUCACUGCCUGGGGUGCAACUGACAAUAUUCUCAUUCACUCAGCAGAUGCUUAUUGAACAUCUGCUGUGUCAGCUCCAGCGACCCAGCCAUGUGGGUAAGGAGCAGUCUUUGGUGCCCUUUUGGAACUCUGCCUUGGUGGGCGGAACAUGUCUCAGUCUUUCCCAGGUAGGAUCCUAGUGUGAUCACAGAACGACGCUGGGAGCGUCCAAUGGAGUGCUGCUUAUCCUGAUGAGUGUGCACGGUGCGUCCUGCUUCAGACUGCCCAGUGCUUUGUGCUUGUUCUCUCUAACGUCCUCUCAGGGCACCGGCUUUCUCUGUGUUCCUCUCCCCAGAGACUGACGGUUGAUUCCUUUAGGCACUGAGACAGGUCUGGUUUUGGAUUCAUCUUUGGGUAUCCCCUAGUUCCUGGUACAGUAUUGUGUUUAUUUUUUUUUUUAAGAUUUAUUUAUUGGGGGGUUGGGGAUUUAGCUCAGUGGUAGAGCGCUUGCCUAGAAAGUGCAAGGCCCUGGGUUCGGUCCUCAGCUCCGAAAAAAAAGAAAGGAAAAAAAAAAGAUUUAUUUAUUUUAUGUAUGUGAGUAAACUGCAGCUGUCUUCAGACACACCAGAAGAGGGCAUCGGAUCCCAUUACAGAUGGUUGUGAGCCACCAUGUGGUUGCUGGGAAUUGAACUCAGGACCUCUGGAAAAGCAGUCAGUGCUCUUAACCACUGAGCCAUCUCUGCAGCCCCUGUGUUUAUUUUUAAAUUUAUUUAAAUACUUGUUCUGUACAGAUAAGUGUAGUAUUAUAUGAUAAAAUAUAAAUUUGUAACUGAAGAAAUUAGAGUUGAAAUCAUGGUUAGAGUAGAAAUGGAUAAAACCAGAUCUGCCCCAGUUGCCUUAUGUAAGACCUACAAUGGAGAAAGUCUGUUGUCUGCUGGAAGGGAUCUGUAGCUUCUCACUCCUGGUUUCCUAGUGUCUAGUACAAAGAAGGAAACUGUGUGCUUUAUAGAAUGGGCAUAAAAUGUAAUAAAAAGAAAGUCGGGUGGCAGUGAUGCAUGCCUUUAAUCCCAACACUCGGGAGGCAAAGGCAUCUGUGUGAGUUCCAGGACAGCCAGGGAUACACAGAGCAGCCAUGCAAGAAAACAUCAUCAUCAUCAUCAUCAUCAUUAUCAUCAUCAUCAUCAUCAAGAAAGCUUAUAGUAGUUUCCAAGGACAGAGCUCUUGGACCACACUGGGUGUUACAUAAUAGUCCCUGUCUGAAUUAGCCUGGUAACUGGGCUGAGGCUGUCUCCCAGAAGUUUCUCAGUAUGGUUAGUUUGGCAGCCCGUGUCUAGUCCUGGCACAGGGAGAAGUAGAGGCGGGCACAUCAGGAAUUUGAGGUCCAGCCUUAGCUACAAACAGUGAGCUCAAGGCCACUUUGAGCUACACGAGACCCAAUCUCAAAACACAAACAAAUGAGAGCCAUAUUCGUCAGAUGACUGAGCUCUCCUUAUGACAAUCUUCUGUACACUUCCAUGGAGUAGAAAUCUGAUAUCCUCGCUAUCCUGACACUCCUGCCCCAGCCUCUUAUUCUGAUCAGUCAAGAACAUGUUGCCUUGUUGCCCGGUUUUUCUGAAGCUUGGGAACUAUUGACUCUGACUUACAAGUGCCUGUCUCAGGCAUUCCCAGCAUGCCUCUGCCCACUGUCAACCACUUCACCCAACCUUGGCUCUAAAGCCUGCUCCCUGCUUUAAUUCAUGGAGUCUAAUCAGACAGACUUACGCUCAGAACUUAAUGUUAGGCAAGUAUAUGAAUUAUCUGACAUCCAGCUUUAAUCAAAGCCCUCACUCAGCCUUCCAGUGUAUUCAAGCCAAAACCAGGGUGCUGCAGAGUUCUUUCUCAGAACUGGUCAAGAAUUGAGGUAGUACCAAGUGUGGAAGGAGUGGUGCAGGUGUGCUGGCAUUUUGAUUUAGGAACCAAGGCGUCACAGGCACGCUUUGGGUGGGACCAUGCUCUGUUGUGAGGACUCGCUGCUCUCACCACUAACAAGUGAACUUGCCCUGGUGAUGGGCUUCAAACUUCCCCGUGCUCUGCUCUCCCUGGGAUCCCGCCCUCUGUCUACUGAAAGUACUUUACAGUUUAUAGCAAACCUUCAUUCUUUCCUGUUUUCCCACAUAAGCAGGCUUUAAUGAAAGUUGGGCGUGAUAUGCUUCUACCCCUGCAUCUUCUUAACCUAAUCGUCCUUGUAUUUGCCCCCCUCCUUCCCUUCUGGGCGGAACUGGGUUUCUCCUUCUAGGAUUUUCUUUCCGUCUCUGUCCAGCUUUAGCCUGGUGAUCCCCACUGUGCUGGGGUGGAUACCCACAUGGACAGUUAGGCCAUUCAUUCGCCUUUCCGAGCCGCACCUUUUCAGUGUGGAUGACACAUUGUUUUCUGUACACCUGGACCACCUUGCUAAUCUGCUGACCUUUGUGGUGUCCUCGGACAACCUGAACUUCAUCAUCCUAUCAAUUGGGCACUAUAUUUCUGUUUCCGCUUUAGAAAGGGGGAAGACAUCAUGUUCUUUGGAACGUGAGAGGGUGCACUUAAAUGCUACUUGUCAGAACUCACAAAGGGAUUGAGCUUCAUUUUGUCGGCGGCUGCUCUAGUGAUGGCUGCAAAGACAAGAGCUAUUGUUUCCUAUUUAACAAGCCUCAGAAUAACCUCUGUUCCACCCAGGAGAGAAAGCAGAGUUCAGGCGUUUACACUGAGUCUUUGCAAGGUCAGUGCACAGCAGCGGUCUGCUCUUUUCCCAGUGCAGGCUGCUGUGCUGGGUGCCUUACCCUGUCCUAUCCUUGGAAAUUGAAUAGGCUACUGCAGAAAACAUAGAUUUGCAAAGCCCUCUCUUCCUCGGGUUUGCUCAGAUUGUCAAAUCUCUUAGAAAUCAUGAGAUUCUGUACCAGAUUCCCAAGUAUUUAAACCUCUUUGGACACACAUCCCAGCACUGAAGAGGUUGAACCAAGAGGAUUUUGAGUUCAAGGCCAGCCUUGGGCUCCACAGUGAGUGUAAGUCUUUAAAAUCCAAAUCGAUUUUUAGAAACCCUCUGUGGGGUUGAAAACAUUACUUGAGUUGUGUAACUGUCACCUUAAAUGUGCAAACGUUACAUGCACUGUUAGGCCUGCCCGAUGCCUGGCCUGCUCACUCUGCAGGGCUUCCUGACAUCCUGAGCUCUCACUCCCCUCACUGAGUAGCGGCUUCCUGGCUUUCUGUGUGUGUCAGAUGGAGCUAGUUUUUGCUCAGAUCAGUGAGCCUAUGAGAACAGAACUCAGUGUUAUGUGCAGGAGAGCAGUGAGACUGGAAAGGCAGUGUCACUAGCUCUGCCCCCAGAGAACUCGAAACUUACCCUGGUGCUGAGACGAUGGCGUGGGAAAACAGGCGUGCAUGUGUUAGGGAGAGCUGUGUCUGUUCUCACAGCUUUGGGUGCGUGAGGCAGUGCCCCAAAGGUGUCAUGACAGACUUGAAGCCUGACUCUAGUGAAAUGUCUGGGAGGUUACGCAGCCUCUGAGGGGAUCUUCGCAGUAACAUAAGAGAGAAGCUUGUCAAGUGAGCUCCUUCAAGUGUCAGCUUAAGGAAGUCAGCGCUCACUAAAUACUAUUCCCCUUGGUUUCUCCAUCCACAGACCACAGAGAUAGUCUGGGUGUGGGGUGGCUGCAGAAGGCGGGAGGCAGUUAGUUGCACGGGGAGUGAUUAUUAUGGGAAGGUGUAAGAGCUAUAUCUGAACACCAUGGCUAAGCUGUGACAAGAGAGCAGGGAAGUGUGAAUGUCAGGUUGGGGGUGAGAAGCAAGGAGACUGAAGGGAAAAGCCAGGGCCAGAAAUGGACUGUCAUUGUCCCGUGCUGCACUCCAGAACCUCAGCAGCACAGCCUCAGAACACUUCCCGGGGCCUGGGUGAUGGCCCAGCUUCGUAAGGUGCUUGCCAUGCAAGUAUGAGGACCUGAGUUCAGAGUCCCAGCACCAAAUAAAAGGCCAGGGGUGUGGGCAGGCACCUAGAAUCCCAGUGCUGGGAGGUGGAGACAGGAGGAUCCCUAGGAAUACUGCCUAGCCAGCCUUAAAUCGGUGAGCUUCAGUUUCAGCAAGAGACCCAGCCUCAAGACAAUUGGUGCAACAAGGCUGAGCUAAGCUCAGAUUCUUACAACGUACAAGACGAACUGUAUGUACACAUAUGUGUGACCAGUGUCCUACGGUGAGAUGAGAGUAUGGAUGAGAGAAUAACCCAGAAUCUGCAUGGCAGACAGCAGAAGCAAGAGACCUUGCCCCAAACAAAGCAGAACUGACCCCUGAAAGUUGUCCUCUGGCCUCUACAUGUGGGUGUACACACACACACACACACACACACACACACACACACACACACGGAAUACAACUGAGGGAAAUGCCUAAUGUGCUAACCCCUGACAUCCACAGAAUGCAAAUCCCCCUCCUGGGACGGUGAUCCACAGGACACCUGCUAUGUGUAGGAGGAAGGACAGCAGACCAAGGUGAGCAGAGUGGCUCACACUAUGGUCUACAUAGCGAGUUCCAGGACAACUGAACUACAUAGCUCAUGUCUCAAAGCAAAAAGAUUAUGCUAGGAGGCUCAAAUGCUGCAGCAAAGGGUCCAAGACCUAACACCACAUUCCAUCAUCCACUCCUUGCCCUUGUUUCCAAUGAGAAGGUGAACUCUUGGAAGCCAGGAGUUGGCAUCCCCUCCUGUCCCUCCCACAAUGCUCAGUUGGCACAUACCUGCCCCUGCUCACUCAGUGGUGCCACUGAUGGCUGAAGGUAUUUUCCAAGACUGGUAAGGACAGCUCUGGAAGACAGUUCUGCUCCUCUGCAAGUACUUGUACUGUCAGGCAGUGGUGCACACCUUUAACCCCAGCACUCAGGAGGCAGAGGCAGGCAGCUCUGAAUUCGAGGCCAGCCGCGGCUCCGUAGUGAGUUCCAGGACAGCCAGGGCUACACAAAGAGACCAUUCCUCGAAAAGAAAUAAACAAGCCACAAAUAGUUGUACUAAAAAAUGCAAAACUAUUAAAGGUAUAUAUAGGUGGUGUGGUUAUUUCCGUUUUACAAUAGAAGAAAGUGUCAUCUGGUCCAGCAGUCUUUCUACUGAUCUGACCUACAGGGUAGGUCGGCCUAAUACCGAGUAUAGUAAGCCAGGCCCUCCAAAGGGCGCCACUCCUCGCUCCCUUCCCCAUCAUUCUGUCCCCAUUCUGGGCACAGAACUUUUCCAGGUUGCCCAGUGUGUGCCAUUUGUGAGAGCAGAGCGGUACAAGCAAGGCUCAGAUGGCUUGAGACAGGAGGUGACAGGAUUCUUUCGUUGGAGUUUCUCUGCCGGAUGAUGCCAAACACAUGCUGCCAAGAGCAGGGCUUCUUGUUCCACUUUAGCUUUAAGGAGAAGCUUUGAGGGCUGAUGUAACACGAUGGCAGAAAGCUGUGUUGGUGGCCAAGGAGGGUCUUGGGAACCACCUUUGCUGGGGUGGGGGCGAUGCCACAUGCCAGGUUGCACGUGACUAUAGUAGGUUUCUGCUAGAAACCUCAGGGUGGCAAGGCUGUGUGGGCGGAGCCUGCAGGGGGCGGGGCUCUGGGGCGGAGCGAGCUCCGCUCCUCAGGCAGGCUCCGCUCCAGACUGUAGUUUAAAAGGCUGGAAGGCGGGCUUCAAGAACUAGCUAGUAUCCUGAGAGUGCCAGAGAAAACCCGUUUGGCACAGCCAUGACCCGGCAAGCAGGGAGCACUUGGCUGCUCCGUGGUCUCCUGCUCUUUGCCUUGUUCGUUUCCGGCAUCACCCCCUUUUCCUGGGAUCUCCCGGAGCCCCGCAGCCGAGCAAGCAAGAUUCGAGUGCACCCUCGGGGCAACCUCUGGGCGACUGGUCACUUCAUGGGCAAGAAGAGUCUGGAACCCCCGAGCCUGUCACUGGUGGGUACAGCACCCCCUAUCACCCAGAGGGAGCAGAGACUACAGCUGAGUCAUGAUCUGCUCAGGAUCCUCCUGCUACAGAAAGCGCUAGGCAUGAACCUCAGUGGUCCAGCUCCCCCAAUCCAGGAGGCUGCUGCAGAAGUGACGCCAAUAAUGGAACAAACACGGCACUGGGCGUAGCAUGCGUCCAUCCAGGGAAACUGAGGAAUGGAACCCUAGCAGUGGCCUCCUCUGGAUGUGAAACCUAAGCUCAAAUGUGUUACUCUGUUACUGUGAUUUCUGGUUGGGUCACCAGGAAUGUUAACGAUACAGACACAGUCUUUCCUGCUGUAUUUCUUGCUUCCCUGGUGAAGUUGUGAAUAAAAAUACUGCUCUUUACGAA